AUGAAUACAAUACUUGGUCUAGCAAUUUUGAUCACAAUAUUUAUUGGCGCUUUGAUUGCAUUAAUAGUAAUUAUCGCUAGAGUUGGAGUAGGACCAGAUAAACAAGAAUCAACUCACCGAAAAGUUUUGUUUAUAAUCGUGGAUGGUAUUCCUGCAGAUGUCAUAGAAACUGUUUCAAUUCCAAACAUGAAGAAGAUUCAAGAUAUUGGAAGCUAUACAAGAGCUUAUGUUGGAGGUGACAAUGGUACUUAUACGCAAACGCCUACUAUUUCAGCACCUGGUUAUAUGAAUCUACUCACUGGUACAUGGGCUAAUAAACACAAUGUGUACGAUAAUGAUGUUAAUUCUCCAAAUUAUCAUUAUAAAAAUAUUUUUCGACUCUUUAAAGAAAAUUAUUCUGAUAAAAAGAUUGCUAUUUUCUCAACUUGGACAGCUAAUCGUAUUAAACUCAUUGGUGAAGGAUUAGCUAUCGCUGGUAAUAUUACAUUCGAUUAUAAGUUUGAUGGAUAUGAACUCGAUCAGAUUACUUAUCCUCAUGAUCCAGAUAACCAUUUUAUUUUUGACAUUGAUCAACGUGUGACUAAUGAAACUUCAGCAUGUAUCAAAAUGUAUGCACCUGAUCUUUCAUGGGUGUAUUUGCAGUAUACCGAUGACGUAGGACAUACAUUUGGAGACAGUGAACAGUUCAAACAAGCAGUCAAUAAUGUUGAUCAUCAAAUAGGGCAAAUUUGGGAAGCUAUCGAUUACAGAAUGAAACAUUAUCAAGAAGAUUGGUUAAUCAUUAUUACGACAGAACAUGGCAGAAAUCCAAGCACUGGCAUAUGGCAUGGUGAUCAAACUGAUAGAGAGAGAACAACUUGGAUAAUAACAAAUAGUCAAGAAACGAAUACUUAUUUUCGCGAUUUUCAACCUGCCAUAGUUGAUAUAUAUCCAACAAUCGCAAAAUCGAUAGGUCUCAAAAUUCCAAUUGAAUCUGAAAGAGAAUUAGAUGGAGUAUCAUUAACAGGAAAAGUAUCAUUAAUAAAACCAGAUGUCAAGUUGCAUAAUGUUAGUUUACAAAUUAGUUGGACAGUUUUAGAUCCUACUGGAAAUGUAAACGUGUGGCUUUCAACUACAAAUUCAUAUAAAUAUGGUAUUACAGACAAUUACGAUUUAAUUCAAACAGUACCUAUACAGAAAAACAUGAUUAUCAUUGAUAUAAAAGGAUAUCCAUCAGAUUUCUAUAAAAUAGUUCUCGUAGGCCAAUAUAAUACGGUGAAUAGAUGGGUACUUCGAUCAUGA